GUGCUCCACGUCGUCGCGGUAGGUUACGGUUGCACCCCAACGCACCUAGGUGCAUCUGUGUGCCUGUUGGCUGUGCCAUCUUGGCAGCGCUUUACAGCUGCAGGAACAUGGAUUCACAGAAGGAUGUUCAGCCUCCAAAGCAGCAGCCAAUGAUUUACAUUUGCGGAGAAUGUCAUACAGAAAAUGAAAUAAAGGCAAGAGAUCCUAUCAGAUGCAGAGAAUGUGGCUACAGAAUAAUGUACAAGAAAAGGACAAAAAGAUUGGUGGUUUUUGAUGCCCGAUGAUUUCUGCUGAGGAUAUAGUGACUCUAUGCUGCAGUUUAAUCUUUCUCAUAACUUUGCUCUGUAAAUGCAUUGGUGUACAAAUGCACACUCUUACUUGUGUUUUAAGAUAUUGAAAUAGUAAAGUUUACUGUGAUACUAAAUUUUGUCUGUACUGUCUUUCAGCAAUAGAUUUCUAAAGCUGUCAUUUAAAUUGUAGUCAGAGUACGUAGGAGUCUAAGUUCAGUGGUAUUGUAUUCUUUUUGAGUUAACCUUGUUUUAAUUACUCUCAUCUAAACUUUUUAUUUGCAUUUUAACUUUGUUAAAUGUUCUUUGGACUCCUAUGAACUGCAUAACUGGCUUGAAUAAAUUCUACUGAAAAUAAAUAGAAGGCUACACAA